AUGUUCAUCAUAUUUCUAAUCCCCUCCAUCAAUGUCGUUUUUGGUCAGCUAGGGUUCGUCAUCUCCUUACUCAGUUUCUCUGUCGGUUUGCGAUGGUUGUUCACCAUCUGUCGGUUUGAUGUGAUUUUUGUGUUUGCAGUUUGCGAAUUGAAAGGUGUGGUGAAGUGGCUAUGGGUUCUUGCUUACGGGGAUGUUGGCUACAAUUCAUGGAGAAUAUAAGUUAAAACUUAUGGUUCAUACAAGAUGGUUAUAAGAUUCUAAAAGAUUUCCUUGUGAAAUUCAUGGAAUUACAAUUCCAAAAGAUUUCUACGCUUGCUGUUGUGAAAACAUAAGCAUAUGGACUUCCUUGUGCAAUUCACGAGUCUAUUUUGGUUUACCAGCAUUACAUCAGUAGUAGUAUUUACUAAUACUGUUAUUGUUUGUGUAGUAUGUUGGUCCUGAUAUUAUUUUGCUGGUUAAUUUUUGUAGAUUAGUUUUGAUCAAAUGUCUUAUGUUAUUAAUUUUGAGCUUGGUGUAAUAUGUAGUCAUAGUAAAUUAUUAAUUGGUAUUUAUAAAAACCAUUGGAGUUA